CCACACCUCAGUGAUCUGGGAAACACGGAGUCAUUUCCACUCUCAGCUACAAGAGCUGCUUCACUUCAACCGUUCGCCGGGACUGCUUUUACACACAAGAUUCAUCUCCAACAGAACUGCCUCACAUAAACCUCACAAUAUCCUACAGAAUCCACUGGAAACCAGGGGCCCAGAAUAAUACGGGAAUAAGGGGUCUUUUGCAUAAACCUAAAGCAACAACGUCCUCACUGAUCCUGUCAGUGAUUGGGACGGAGCUUUUUGGACAAGCCACAGCUUCUGUCGCUGAGUGUUGAGGAUUAGAUUCUCUCUCGAGCUCUUCUCCAACGGCCUGCAGGGUGGCGAGAGAGAGCGGUGAACCCAACCGGUGUGUGCCGGAGAUGAGUGCGUUCUGGCAUAAGAUUGGCUGCUGUGUGGUAGCCAAACCUCCUCCGAAAAAGAAGCGGAGGAGAAUUGACCGCAGCAUGAUUGGAGAGCCCACAAAUUUCGUUCAUCUGACACACAUAGGCUCUGGUGAAAUGGCAGAUGGCAUGCAGCCGUCCGGCCCGAUAAAGGAACAAAUGAGAUCCAAAGUGCCUCACGCCAAUGGACGAAACAGCCUGUUAUAGCCUCUUUACCUGAUGUUUUUAAUUUCUUACCCAAAGUAUCCCUCAGCCUAAACGCAGCACUGUACCAAAUGAGGACAACGCAAGCAGAUUUUCAAUACAAACUAAUUGACAACCUCCAAAUAUUGCUGCAGCUACAACAAGGUUUGUGUUUUGGAUCCUCUGGGAUGAUUCAGAAGAGACGGAGGUUUGUCCCCUGUAAACUAAGACUGUUAUUGAAUUUCAUUGGAUUGUAUGCGAGUGUGAAUGUGCUUGUGUGUGUUUGAGACACCGGCUGUGCUUGCGAUGGAAUAGGCUCUUAUCUUUGACUGCCUUCCUAAAAGUUAUAACUGGCAUGUUUGUCGUUGAUAAGGAUGUGUGCAAAUGUGUGUUUGUUUUGUAAUGGAAAUGUAUGCGCACCUUUACCAUUACAGUGUCUCCAACUGCUUGUCGUUAAAGGGAUAGUUCACGCCAACAUUAAAAUUUGCUGUCAGCUUUUUUGCCUUCAGGUUAUCUGAGAUGUAGGUGACACUUUCUUUUUUUUCUUUUUUUUUUUUUUGACUGUGGUCUUUGGGAAUUUUAUAAAAUGCACUUUGAGUUGGAAAUCAUAUACAAGUAAAGCGAUUAAAAAAACUGAACAUUGUUUACAAUAUUACCUUAAAUGCAUGACCUUAGCAAACAAUCCUGAGCAUGUUCGGCUUCAGAAGAUCUUAAUGUGUAGUUAUGAAUCACAAGCAUAACUUUAUAUAUAUUUAAUAGGGAAAAUGAAUAGUUCAAAUGCAUAAACCAAAGUGUCGUCAGAAAUUUAAUCCUAAAAUAAGCAUUUUCCCUUCGCUUCCUGUGUUUCUGAUCAGAUAUUUCACCUUUAAAGCCAAUGAAAAUAAUCUAUUGUUUGCCAAAGGCUAAAUAUUAGAGAAAGUCUACGAUCUGUUUAUUUGAGUAGAGGCAAAACGACACUAAACUGAACAUCUUUUGCGAUAUUACCUUAAAUGCAUAACCUCAGCAAACAAUCCUGAGCAUGUUUGGCUUCAGAAGAUCUCAAUAUAGUUAUGAACCACAGACAUACGUUUAUUUAGUUUUGAUUAAUCUAUAUGAAGAGUUCGAAUGCAAAACUCUAAGUGUCAUCUAAAAUUUAAUCCUAAAAUUAGCAUUUUUCCCUCAGCCUCCUGUGUUUAUGGUCAGAUAUUUCACUUUAAAGGCAGUGAAAAUAACCUAUUGUUUGUAAAACUACAAGAAACUGAACAUCAUUUACAAUAUUACCGUAAAUGCAUAACCUCAGCAAACAAUCCUGAGCAUGUUCGGCUUCAGAAGAUCUUAAUAUGUAGUUAUGAAUCCUGAUUAUAACUUUUAUUAUUCCCUAAUAAAUAUAUAGAGAGUUCAAAUGCAUAAACCUAAGCAUCGUCUGAAAUUUAUUCUUAAAAUUAGUAUUUUUCCCUCCACCUCCUGUGUUUCUGAUCAGAUAUUUCACCUUAAAUCCAACAAAAAUAAUCUAUUGUUUGCCAAAGCCUAAGUAUUAGAGAGAGUCAACAAUCUGUUUAUCUGAGUAGAGGCAAAACGACAAGAAACUGAACAUAAUUUACAACAUUACCUUAAAUGCAUAACCUCAGCAAACAAUCCUGAGCAUGUUUUGCUUCAGAAGAUCACAAUGUGUACUUAUGAACCACAGACAUACGUUUAUUUAGUUUUGAUUAAUCUAUAUGAAGAGUUAGAAUGCAAAAACCUGUGUCAUCUUAAAUUUAAUCCUAAAAUUAGCAUUUUUCCCUUCAGCCUCCUUUGAUUAUGGUCAGUAUUUCACCUUAAAAGCAAUGAAAAUAACCUAUUGUUUGCCAUAAAAGUGAAAUUACAGAACCUACACAUAUAGGAGCCUAAGAAAACUGGCCAUUUUAGAAGAGAAUUUCAGAUGGAGGUUUUUGCAUCUAAACUCUUCAUGUAAUGUAGUCUUGGAUGGCCUGAGGACAUCUGAAUUUACAGCAAUUGUUUAUUUUUGGCAGAAUUAUUUCUUUAACAGUUGCACAAUUUUUUGCUGAUUGAUGUAUGAUUAUUAAAAAAGCCCCUCUGGUAUGUGUAUAGUGGGUAGAUAUAGUGUGAUGUUUUAGUUUUCUUUCUUUUUUUUUAACUUUGCAUUAAUAAACCAAACACAUUUACUUUAUAACUCUAAAGAAAUGGAUACCAAACAAACAUGACCCAAUACUCAUCAUUUACUCACUUUUAAGUUGUUCCAAAAUCAGAUGUUUUAUUUUUUUCAUGCAGGACAUGACGUGGUGCCUUUUGUAUGUUGUAGUCCAUGUUUUUUUUUUUAGUUCUACAUUUGCUAAAGUUUAAGACAUUUAUUCUCUAAUAAUCGCUCAUUCAAGUCAGCUGUUAGUUAAAAAGUUCAUGUGACAGGACUGCUGAAUUAGGGAAAAUAAUCUUAUGGCUUCAGCUAAAUUACUUUAUUUUUGUCGGCCAUAUUUGGUUUAAAUAACAAACUAGGAAAAAAAGAGAGAUUUUCUUACUUUGUCUUGUUUCUAGUUAAAAUAUCCAAAACUAUUUUAAUCAAGAAACAGAAGUGUUAUCUUGUUUGCAGGAAGUCAAAUUUAAGUCAGUUUUUCCUUCUAACAAGCACAAUAAUCUGCCAGUUUGAUGAGCAAAAUGUUCUUGUUUUCAGUUAAUUUUGCUCACCCCACUUCCAGAUAUCUAUUGCUUGUUUAAAAUUAAGUCAAUUUGACAGUUCCAAGUUACAAUGGCUUCACUUACGUAGUUUUUAAGAAAAGCCAACUUGUUACUUACGCAAGUAAACCAAUUGCCUUAAAAGCAACUACACUGGAGAUAUUUUUGCUGCUUAAAACUAGUUUAAAAUGAGCUGAAUCAACACAAUUGAGGUUUUUUUGGACAACUUCAUUUUUUUUUUUUUUUUACAAAUUUAAGUUGACUAAACAUAAGACAAUUAAGUUAAUAUAAUCGAUUGGUUUUGAGAUAACACGAAGAAAUCAUGUGGAAUCCAGCAUUUUUUUUUCAGUGUAAUCACUUUUUACAGUGUAUGCCUGUCUUGUUUUCAGAAAAAAAUAAACAAGUAACAGAAGUAUUAAUUUUGACUUCGUGUAAACAAGAUAAGUCAGUUUUUCCUCCUAACAUGCCAGUUUGAUGAGCAAAAUGAUCUUGGUUUCAGUUUAUUUUGCUCACCCAACUUCCAAAUUAUAUUGCUUGUUUUAAGGAAAAACGCUUAAUUUAACUGUAAAAAUAGAUGUUAACUUAAUUUUUAUAAAAAUGCCAAUUUUACACACUUUUUAAAAAUAAAGUUAUGUCAAUUUGACAGUUCCAAGUUACAAUGGGUUCACUAGUUUUUAAGUGAACUUGUUACUUACGCAAGUAAACCAAUUGCCUUAAAAGCAACUACACUCAAAGAUAUUUUUGCUGCUUGUUCAUAUCACUUGUUUAAAAUGAGCUGAAUCAACACAAUUCUUGAGUUUUUUUGGGGACAACUUAAUUAUCUUAUGUUUAAUCAACUUGAAUUAAGUUAACUUAAUCCAUUUGUGUUGCGAUAACAUGAAGGAAUCAUGUGGAACCCAGCAUUUUUCAGUGUGAUCGCUUUUUACAGUGUGUGACUGUCUUGUUUUCAGAAAAAAAUAAACCUACACCGUAAAAAAAAAGUUGACUCAACUAAAAAUUGUAAGGCAACUCGCUGUAGAGCUUUUUUUUUUUUUUUUUUUUUUGUUGACUCAACUUAAAUCAAGUGCUGUGCUUGGGUUGAAAGUUGAAUCAAACCAAAAAAGUCCUGCAGCAAGUUGACUUACAAUUGAGUUAAGUCCAUUUUUCUUUUUUCUUUUUUUUUUUUUUUUAAAGAGUAGAAAAAGCUGCUUGAUUCUCAGUAAUUGUUCGAUCUUUUCACUAGAAAUGAGACAAAACCUCUUAAGAGAAACACUUUUUUUAAAGUGGAUUAUUUAAAAUUAAAUUUCUUACUUCUCCAUCCAUAAAUAUUAUCAGCAUUUAAUUUUGGAACAGUGUUCGGUUGAGUAAAUGAGUUUCAUGUUCAGGUGAUUUGUUCUUUUAAACCCUAAGUAUUAGAGAAAGUCUGCUAUCUGUUUAUCAGAGCGGAGACUUUGAGCGGCGGAUAAGAGUCGGGCUGUGUGCCAGCAGAGAGAGAGCGAGAGAGAGCGAGAGAGACUGCCCUUUGUCAUUUAAACAUCACAUUAUUCUCACUUUCACACGUCAAGCUCCACCCGACACAAGCUGAACACACACACACUCUCUCUGUUUCCAGUCUUCACACAACACCAGCGUUAAAUCCCUCACACACACACACACACACUUUCUAUACUCUGUACUUUAUUUCUGAAUUCCUCUGUGUUGCACAAUGUUAGGCUGAUGUGAUGUUGUUUGCUUGUGAUUGUGAUGUUUUAUUUGAAACCCAGACUGUACUUUGGAUCUUUGCUGUAAUUUGUUAGCAAAUGUUAUAGGAUGGGGGAAAACGAAGCUUUCAGAAUGUGCAUGUUGCUGUAGGAAUCUAAUGUUUGACUGUAUUUUUUAAAUCUUUUUUGGUGUGUGUGUGUAAAUGCAUUUCAUUCUUAGCUGAGAGUGUGUAGAGGAACAUGCAGAUUUUUGCAACUCAGCCAAAGACCUCAGCAGCUCCUUUAACUUAAUUAUACGCGUUGCUUACAGAUUUGUUCACUUGUGUUUCGUUUGUGUGACUGUGUGCUUGAGUGUCUGUCUUGCUUUUUAAAGCCGUGAUGUUUGUGCGACGCACUCAUUUGGCUCAUUUUUGAUACUUCUCUUUUAUUCUGUUUUUAUAUUUUAGUCUGUUAGUCGAACUGAUUGAUUGUGAUCAAAUGGGAGCAGUAAUAGUGUGUUCUGUUCAUACGGCACGGUGUUAUGUUGAUGCAUCCUUUAUUUUUGUUGUUGUGCUUUUGAUUUGUAACAAUACAGUUGUACAAUGAA